UUCUGGGUCUGUCUAGCUUAGAAGAUGACCGUGGGGAGGCCGGUGGGAGCCUCCAGCAGCUCUGAGGGCAGCCAGCAGAUAUUUCCCCCCAAAUCCUCCUCGGACACAGAGACAGAAGAGCUGUCCGGUGAUGGACUGGCAUUGCCCAGAGCUGGCAAGCUUGAUGAAUUCCUCAGUCCCGAUGAUGAGACAGAUUCCACUUCUGACUCAAUGGGAAACCUCUUUGAGCUGCUGCGAGAACUAAAGGAGAAAGGCAAGUGGGGCCUAUUGAAGUCCCUUUAUCCAUCCACCUCAGACAGUGAUGAGAACCUCUCAGAAGAUGAUGAGGACCUGGAGAGCUUCUUCCAGAACAGAGGCAGGGGGAUGCCACAGAGUCCGAGGAACAGCUCCAGGAGGCGCUGCAGCUCUCUCAGCAGCCUUCCCUCCAGCACCCCAAGAGAUCAGCCCCAGCCCCACUCCAGGCCUGCCUCCCAGCACAGAAGUGUCAGCUCCUGGGCAUCCUCCAUCACUGUCCCUCAGCCCUUCCGCAUGACCCUCCGUGAGGCCCGGAAGAAGGCCCAGUGGCUGGCAUCUCCUGCAUGCUUCGAGCAGGAGAGGCAGCAGGCCCAGAAGCAAGGCCAGGAGGAAGCCGAGUGCCAGCGGCAGUUCCGGGCACAGCCUGUGCCUGCACAUGUCUACCUGCCCCUCUACCAGGAGAUCAUGGUGCGCAAGGAGGCCCGCAGGCAGGCAGGAAUCCAGAAGCGGAAGGAACUCCUUCUGUCUUCCUUGAAGCCCUUCAGCUUUGUGGAAAAGGAGGCGCAGAGAAAAGAAGCUGCUCAACAGAGGGAACUGGCCGCCUCGGCAAAGGCCAACAGCCCUAAGCCGAAGGCCAUCAGAAAGAUCCCCAAGUCCGUUCUAGAGCCAGCCCUUGGGGAGAAACUGCAAGAGGCUGAACUCCUCAGGAAAAUUCGCAUCCAAAUGAGAGCCCUGGACAUGCUCCGGAUGGCCUCCUCACCCAUCAGUGCCUCUAAAGGCCGGGCAGACGCACAGCCUCGCACAGCCACCCGGACCUGGGAGAAGCAGCUCGGCUUCCUCAACAGGGACUUCGGCUUCCAGCCCCGGGUGAACCCUGUGGUCCCUGAUUAUGAAUGCCUGUACAAGGCCUUCCAGAGGAGAGCCGCCAAGAGAAGGGACACCCAGGAGGCGACUCGCAACAAGCCCUUCUCGCUGAGAACCGCCAGCCUGCAUCACCCUCGGCGGCCCUGUGAUGUGGCCACCUCUGGAGGACAGAAGGAUUCUCCGCAGCCACCCACCACCCCGCUGCCCAGGAGCCGUUCUCUGAGUGGCCUCGCUUCCCUUUCGGCCAACACUCUCCCAGUGCACAUCACAGACGCCACCAGGAAGAGGGAAUCUGCAGUCAGGAGUUCACUUGAAAAAAGGGACAAAGCAGAUGAGAGUACUCAGUGGUUGGAGAAGCACAAAAAGAAGUGCCAAGCGAUGUCCAAGUCUGUGACCUUGCGUGCGAAAGCCAUGGAUCCCCACAAAAGUCUGGAAGAGGUAUUCAGAGCCAAGCUGCGAGAGAACAGGAACAAUGACCGUAAAAGAACAAAAGAGUACAAGAAAGAAUUGGAGGAAAUGAGAAAGAGAAUACAAAGAAGGCCUUACCUUUUUGAACAAGUUACCAAGAACCUCGCCAGAAAAGAAGCAGAACAAAGGUAUCGAGACACCCUGAAGCAGGCUGGGCUGGAUGAAGACUUUGUGAAGAACAAGGGUGAGGGAGCUCGGGCUAUGCAGUGGAAGGGUCAGCCAGAAGCCCGCGAUUGUCCCAGUUCCCGUGAAACUACAGAACUCAGCAUCAAAAGUCCACAACAGGAUUUAGAAGAAUCUUUGGAAUGGCCUUUAAGUUCCAAGAAAGAUUCGGAGGAUCUAUCUCAUGAAUUUCUGGAGAAUGCCAAAUCACUGGCUUGACCAUUAAAAUUAGUC